GUACUAGAUCUACUUGUGAAGUUGUAGACGUAGCGAGACGCUGCACUCUAAAUCUCGAGAUGGAAGUUGAAACUGAAAGGACCGGACUGUUCCCAUGGCUUGUGAUGCUUCUUUUGCCAGAAGAUUGCUACAUCACAUUCUUCGAAGACUUUAACUUCCUAGAUAUUCCCUGUCUAAAAGUGGCCUUGAGUAAAGGAUUGGGAUUGGGCAUCAUUGCUGGAUCUCUUAUGGUGAAACUCCCACAGAUUGGCAAGAUCUUGGCUUCUAAGAGUGGGGAAGGCUUGAAUGUACUGGCUGUUCUUCUAGAGCUCGCAGCAAUCUCAUCAUCAUGGGCUUAUUCCUUUGCUAAUAGUUACCCUUUCUCAGCAUGGGGUGAAGCCCUAUUUCUAGCCGUGCAGACCGUCACUAUAGCAUUCCUAUGUAUGUUGUAUAAUGGAAACCAAGCUGGAGCUGUAUCCUUCUUGCUCUCCUACCUGGGUAUCAUGUACGUCCUUCUGUCUGGCCUCACUCCCAUGAGCACCAUCGCCAUGCUACAAGCAGGGAACAUGCCUAUCGUCAUCGUCAGUAAGUUAAUACAAGCCUAUACCAACUUCAGCAACGGCCACACCGGUCAGCUCUCUGCCGUGACCGUCUUCCUACUGACCGCCGGCAGUCUGGCCCGAAUCUUCACCAGCGUCCAGGAGACCAAUGAUCCCAUGCUGGUCUGGACGUACAUCGUCGCGUCCACCUGCAACAGCAUCAUCACUCUGCAGCUGGUCUGGUACUGGGGCGCCACCAAGGAAUACCUCAGCAGGCAGCAAUCUAAGAAGGCAGAGUAGACAACGCUGAUUCGCUGAAGAUUGGCCAGAGUUCCUCCUAGUGCCACACAUCCAACUGAUAUUUAAAGAUAAAGGGGGGUAUUCUUGAAAGCGGACUAACUUUAAUCCAUGGUUUAAUCCACCAACUAAGUAUAGAAUGCCGAGUGUCCAUAUGAAUAUAUUUUUGAAUAAUUUGAUAUGUCCCUAAAUUACCAUGAUAACAUUAUUAUAUCAUA